AUGGCGAUUAAUGAUCACAAAGGUACACCGUUAUACCUCGGAAUCAAUCAUUGCGGAAUCCUCACGUUUCAGGGUUCUCGUAAAACGAAUCACUUCCGCUGGCCGGAGGUCCAGAAAAUCAACUACGAGGGUAAAAUGUUUAUAGUUCAUCUGACGAUAACAGAGGACACGAGGACGAAGAAGAAACACACUGUCGGAUUUAAGUGUCCCACGGGAUCAAACUGCCGUCAUGUGUGGAGGUGCGCUAUCGAGCAAAUGCUGUUUUUCACGCUGCCACGUGCCUCGGACGCGCCAGUGAUGAGCGGCGGUUCGAUCUUCUCGUGGGGCACAAAGUUCAAGUACACCGGACGGACGGAACGCGAGGUCCUGGAGGAGACGGGACCACUGCGGAAGGAGGAGCCACCGAUCCAGCGUUGCCAUUCGGCGGGCCUGAGGAGGAAGGCGAGCAGCGUGCCCGCGACGCCCAGCACACCCAGUCAGGAUCUUGUUGAAAUUCGAUACUCGAGUCUGCCGAGGAGUUGCCAUAGUGCCGGACUCGAUGGCGCCGGGAUGUCUGACAUCGGCAGUGGCAUGCCCCUGAGCUCACCCUACUGCCCUGACAAUACUUUGCCUCUCCUGGAAACCGUCUCCGAAGACCAGGAGAUACACGCCAGGAGGAAUAACGCAUUAGACGAUACGAAUACGCAUGCGAGUGCCACCACCACAACCUGUUACACCACAACCUCUACCACCACCACCACCACAACCACCACCACCGCGACCACCACCACCACAAUAAACCAAGCGAAAAAACUAAAAUUCCCAAAGAGCACCCUACAGACGCGCCCGCAAGCCCUCUAUAGUCAGAGAAUCGUGAUAGGCUCCGAGGAGCUCCAUGGCCGUGAUAUCGGUAACGUCGUGCGCCAAAAAAUCAAUACCCUCGAGAAAAGCCCGAAGGUCGUCAGGUCGACGGCCCUGAUCGUCAAGCGCUCGGUCGCACCGGCCAAGUCCCGGACGCCUUCGUCGAUCACGGCGACCGUUGAGACGGCGAUGCACGAUGGAUUCGAACAGCUAGGUGACCGUCGGUUACCAAACGGCGAUGUCGAAGCAACGACCAAGAGUCAAGGAGCCAGAGACGUCGUGGACGGUGCAGUUUGCCACGAGUUCGACGGCAGCGAUUACUACUUCCGUGACUCGUUCGACCACUCGUCCUCGGAGAGCCAGCUCCUAGAGGCGAGUGGCCUCGGCUGUAAACCCGGACCUCACGGGAGCAGUCGCUCGAUCGCCCCGGUGCCCAAGAUGCAGCGCCUUCAGAACUCCAAGAUCAGCAGCAUCCAGCAGUCGUCGACAUUGAGCUCGAGCGGCGCGCUCUCGGCCUCCUUGCCGGCGUCGAUGCGCCACAGGAAGGUGUCCCCAUCCCCAGGCCCUGCCGGUAAUGCAGCGAGCUACCGGAUACGAGGACGUAGUCUGCGAGUCGUUAAGCUCUUCGUGCCGGCCCUCGUCAUCACCCUCACCGUCCUCCUUAUCGUCACCGUCUUUGUCUUCGAGACGGACUCGAAGCUGCUCGAGAGCCUAAAACAGACGCCGGAGAUGGCCGCGCUGAAUACUCGGUAUUACGGACCGAUCAAGGACUUUAUCAGAACAAAGCUCGGCCUCUUUUGAUUAAAAUGGCUCGAGGAGAGCCAAACAACAGCCACGACAUCGUCGAUGUUUGUCGCGUAACCAGUGCCGCUGCCUUCGUAAUAUAUAAUCUCAUUCGAAAGCCGCAUGCCCGCAACUUUCACAGCGAGGCGAGAUUUUAUUGUCGUCGAUCCCUAUGUUUUUAUUCCACGUUACGUUCGCGUAACACGCGUAGAC